AUGGUCGUCUGGGUCCAGUUCCCUGCUCUCCCGAUACAUUUCUACCACAAGGAGGUCCUUUUCAUGCUGGGGAACUUGAUUGGGCGUGCCAUCAAACUUGACUACCACACCGAACAUCAACAACGAGCUAGAUUCGCCAGAAUUGCAGUGGAGGUAGACUUAGGAAAGCCGUUGGUCCCUCGUAUUUGGUUGGACGGAGCCUGGCAAUACCUUGAAUAUGAGAACCUCCCAGUGGUCUGUUUCGAGUGCGGAAGGAUAGGUCACACCUCCACUACUUGCCCUUCAAUCAAGUCGGCCUCUUCUCCGGCUGGCAUACAAACGCUGGCGCCGGAUCUUACAUCGGAAACCUCGCCGGAGGAGAAGGUUGGUUUCGGACCUUGGAUGCAGGUCACGCGCCGAUCGCGGCGUAAUGGCAGACAACCGGAAAAGGAAAGAGCGAGUAAUAUUCAGGGAAACUCAAAUCACGGAGGAUUCCAUCUGUCGCCAACCAAAAAUGGGAAAGGAAGCGAUCCACAAAAGGAAUUGGAGAAGAGAAAGGAAACUAUCUCGGCUGACUCCAUUAUGAGAUCCCAACGGGCAGAUGAGCCUCCGAGCAAGAGUUUGGAAAAGGGAAAUAUUAAUAAGGGGAAAGCAAAGAUCAUACCGCAAGACUCCACAGUGAAAGUCUCCAAAGGCGUCCUUGGGCCUGCCCCCACUUUGAACAAAGCCAAGAAGGUCUCUGGACCAGGCGAAUGCUCGGCCCAACAGCUGGCACGGCCCGAAACUCAGAUCCCCCAACCCAAAAUCAAUCCGGACACAGUCAAGAAGCCCGACCCUUCCAAUAAGCCGACUCCAACCGGCCCGACACCCCCAAGCACUCAGACGAUCAUCGGCCCUAACUCGACCUCCAUCCAUAUCGUGGAGAUCCCCCCGUAUCAGACCCCCCCCCGCCGGAAUGUCGAUCGAAACUCCCCUUCAGCGGCAUCUAGGACUAAACAUCAGAAGGGGCGAAAACAAAAUACGAAGAGAGGAACCCCGGUUCCGGCCGCUGCUAAGGCCGUCCAGAUUUGGACCCCGACGAAGGAGAAGAAGUGUAAGAGUCGAAAGCGCAUCGCAACUCUCACUCUCCAGGAAAUUGAAGCUUGGACUGGCCUCUCAAAACCCCAAGUUGAGGGACCCCCGACAGCACUUUCUGAAGCGGCCCCUGAACCAGAACCCAUCAAGCGCCACGACUCGACUCAACCUCCGGCGGCCGGGAUUUGA